UACUAAACGAAUAAUAUGUUAUUCUACACGCUUAGUGCAAUCUGCAGUAUUGUAACAUUUGGAUUUUUCGUAACUGGAGAAUAUAUGCUUCCUGUAUCUACCUGCAAGCAGGAUGCAGCUGAUAAUUCAGCCUGUUUAAAACGAGCUUUCGAAGAAGCAUGGCCACGAUUUAUUGCAGGACUUCCAGAAUUUGACUUUCCACCUUUGGACCCAUUAUUUUACGAAUACGGUAAAGCUGUGCUUAAUUCUAGCGAGAUUCUACGAGCAGAAUUAAUUAUGUCAAAUAUCACUGCCAUCGGUUUAUCAAAAUCUCGUAUUUUUAAUGCAAGAACGCAGUUUCUUUCUCAUGACGUUUUCCGUUUGGAGAUUGAGGUACAAAUACCAGAGUUAUUUCUAAAAGGUGCUGCGAAAAUAAAUGGUUCUUUAAAUGUAUUCAGACUUGUUAAUACAGGUUAUUUUAAUAUAACCUUGAAUGAUGUCAGAGCACUAGGGGAGAUAACAGGACAUGUAAUAAACGAUACAUGGAUUAUUGAACAAUUCCAUAUCACUCCAUUAGUUGGGAAGUUUAAAAUAUAUUAUAAAGAUUUGUCCGAAAGCACCAAAGAGCUUUCUGAUCUUGUCAUAACUUUUGUAAAUGAAUUCUGGCCUGCGAUUUAUCGAGCAGUAUUACCAACCAUGUCCAAAGAAUGGGAAAAGUUUUAUAUUGAUUUGGCCAAUAGGUUAUUCGCAAAAGUUCCCUUCUCAAAAGUGUUUCCAUAAAAUUUAUACAUUUAUUUCACAUCAUUAUAGUGUAAAUUAUUUGUAAAAUUAAAAACACAUUUAGUAUUAUAAGUGCAAAGAUAUA